AGAUCUCCCCCGCUUCCGCGCUGCUCAGGGCCCCCAGAAGCUAAUCCCUAUGGCAGAGGCCACUCUGAGGGAUUAGUGCUGGGGAAAUUAGGCACCACAUCUGCCGGCCCCUGGAGAGCUUGGUAAAGCCUGUGCCUCAGAGCCUAGGAAGCCAUUCCUGUCCUGUGGAACACAGGGGACUCCCAGAGGCACUGGUCGGCCAAGCUGGGGCCUGAGCUGCCCUGUUCUUGCUGGAACCUUCUGAAGAGGCCCCCCAGGACCUCUUUUUGCCUUUACCCCUCGGACUCAGUUUCCUGCUUAUAGGAUCUCCUGUGGUGUAGACCUGAAUCCUCAAAGAGCCAGAAUCUUCCAUGCCUUGGAGAGAAUGAAGACCCAGGCUGGUUGGCAUCUCAGCUUUCUGAAAGUGAAGAAGAAGUGGCUCCUCCCGGCCAUCUGCAGCUUCUUCUGCCUGCUCUCUGUGGUCAUGACUGGCUGCUUCCUGUGGCAGUAUCACCUCCCCAAGCUGAAGACUGAUUCCCUGGGACCAGAGGAGACCUCUGCCCCUGUGAGGAUGUGUCCCCGGCAUCCUGAGCCAGUGCCCCUGGUCCACCCACUCCCUGUGUUGAAGGAGGCCCUGGAAAAGGUGGACGGGAUCCUGCGCCAGGCAAUGUCUACCCCAGGCGUGGCUGCCAUGUCUGCAGUUGUCAUCCACAAUGACACUGUGCUCUGGACAGGGAACUUUGGGAAGAAGAAUGGCUCAGACCCGACUUCUGGGACCCCCAAUGAGUACACCAUGUACAGGAUCUCCAGCAUCUCCAAGAUCUUCCCCGUGCUCAUGCUGUACCGUCUGUGGGAGGAGGGCAUCGUGGCCUCUCUAGAUGACCCUCUGGAGCGGUACGCAAACACCUUCACCAUUAACAACCCACUGGGCCUGGCAUCAGCCCCGGAACGGCAGGGCCUGAGGGACGCGUUGGAGGAGGUGGGCCCUGCUCCAAGGCCUUCGCCUGUCACCCUUCGAAGGAUGGCUAGCCAGCUCUCAGGGCUGCCCAGAAGGCUCCGCUCCACUUCGCUGCUCUGGAAGGGCAGCACCCAGGAGGCCCUGAACCUGCUCAAGGAUGAUGUGCUGGUGGUGGACCCGGGAACCAGGUGCCAUUACAGCACGCUGGCCUUUUCGCUCCUGGCCCACGUCCUGGCAGCUCACACCGCCCAGGGCGACUACCAGCGCUGGGUCUCGGAGAACGUGCUGCAGCCGCUGGGGAUGGCGGACACGGGCUUCGACCUCACGCCCGUCGUGCGUGCGCGGCUGGCCGCGGGCUUCUACGGCAGCGGGAGGCCGGCUCCGCUCUACGACCUGGGCUGGUACCGGCCGUCGGGCCAGAUGUACUCCACCGCCGCCGACCUGGCCAAGCUGGCCGUGGCACUCCUGGGGGGCGGGCCCCGGCGGCUCCUACGGUCCGACGCGGCCAAGACGCUGCUGGCGCCGCUGCUGGCCUGCCCAGGUGCCUACUUCGCCAACGAGACGGGCACGCCGUGGGAGUUCCACGCGCAGCGGGGCUACCGCGUGGUGCGCAAGGACGGCGACCUGGACGGCUACGCUGCCACCUUCUCGCUGGUGCCCCCGCUGCGCCUGGGCCUGGUGCUGCUGCUGGCCGGGCCGCGGCCGCCCGGGCCCGACCUGGUGGCGCGGGUCUACGACGAGCUCCUGCCCGCCCUGGAGCGCGCCCUCCGGGAGGCCGAGCCCGACCCGGCCCCGCCGCCCAGCGCGCGCCCCUUCGCCGGCUACUUCACCUUCGCCAACCUGACCUUCUACGAGGUGCGUGCCGGGCCGGCGGGCGAGCUGCAUCUGCGCCAGUUCGGGCCGCGCGUGGAGGCGCUGGUGCCCCCCGAAUUCCGCACCCUGGCGCUGCGCCACCUGCGCGGCCGCGUCUUCCAGCUGCACGUGGCUCGCGAGUUCCCCUGCGCUCUGCCGCUCGGCGACGCGUGGCUCUCGCUCGAGGCCCAGCAUGGGCAGCUGGUCAACUUCUACCCCUUGGAUCACCACGGGCUGUCCCCCGGCUUCGAUGUGCCGGGCCUCAACACGUACCGAGUGCUGCGGCUGCAGCACAAGCCGGUGUUCAAGACCUAGUGACCGUGGGCUCAGCCUGGAACCCCCCUGUCUCUGGCUUCUCAGCUUUCCUGAGUGAGGUUUGGAAGGGGAGACUGUGGGGAUGCCUAUUAGAAAACACAGGUAGUUGGCAAAGUGGAGUAGGGUGGUGCUACUCAAAGUGUGGUCCUCGGACCACAGCCGGAAAUUCAAAUUGCUCCACAUCCAGAAGCGAGGAAGGAUUAAGUACAGGCAUUUAGACUAAGCGUUUAGAAACUUUAACAAGCACCCAGAAAUUUAAGCAUUGAAACUGUACUUUUGUGCCUGUUCAAUCUAAAGCAAAAUAUGGGCUUGUAUUUUGUCUUUUAAAAAUCAACAUAAGCAACCGGGCAUGGUGGCUAAUGCCUGUAAUCCCAGCACUUUGGUAGG